AUGGACUUUGACGCUACAACCGCCGCACGCUUCCUCUUCGAGGAAGGCUCCGAGAGUGAAGAGGAAGAUUUUCUUUCGGACUUUCUCAGAUUCGACGAGCACAGACUCUCUGCGUCGAAUGCGUCACCGGGAGCUGCGGAGUCGCUCCAGGAGUCAGGGGCGCUGCCAGAGGAGACACCUCAGCGCGGAAGGCUCCUCGCACCCCGAGAAGAAAUUGUCAUUUGGUGCGUCGACUGCGGCUCAGAAAAUCUCUUUCGCCAAUCAACCUCUCCAGGUCCAGAUGUGGGCGGCGACAGCUCUGAGGAAGAGGCAGAAGGGAACCAUGAGGCGGGAACGUCUCCCUGGACGGACAUCAUGACCGCAUGCACAAAUUUUGUGAAGCGGAAGAUCGUCUCGGGGCAGCGGCUUAUAUUUGGGCUAUUUCUCUCGGGGACCGGCGCCAGCGCCAAUGAUCUCGCUUUCCCCCACAUCUCCGCGGCACUCCCUGCAGUCGACGAGGUGGAUGUACACACUGUCCAGCGUCUCCAGGCUCUCGCUCGCCUCACCAAAGACGAAUUUGUCAAUCAAUUUGGAAAGCCUGUCGCAAACACCCCUGAACGUCCCCCCCUCGCUGAUGUCUUCUGGCUAGUCAGUCACGCCCUCAACGCUGCGGCAGCUCCUCGCCGACGCGGAUCGAGGCAUCAUCUGAUUCAGCAGCGCGUGGUUUUCUUCACUGACGACGACCGUCCGUGCGCAGGAUACUCUCGAGAGGCGAGUGCUGCAGCCCGCCAGAGACUUCGCGACUUGCGAGAAGACGGAGUCGAAUUUCUUCUCGUGCCUCUGGACUUGCCAGGCAAAGCGUCUUUUGCCAUGGAGGCGUUUUGGCGCGACGCGUUGCUCCUCGCGGACGCGCCUGAAGACGGCCGAGAGGGCGAAGCUUCCAAAACGCAGCCCUCGACGGUGGAUUCGUACAAGCAUUACGUGCGCCUGCGGAUGGCCGAAAUUCGGGACAACAUUCGGUUGCUCGACCGCUCCCAGCGCGUGUUGUCGGUCCUGCCGUUCCACCUCCGGCCUUCCCUGCAACUCCCGAUCUGCCUCUUGAGCUCUGUCCGCGCUCAGGCGCUUCCGAAGGCCCGCGUCCUCACCGCGGACGCGCGUCAAGAGCCGCUCCUGCCGGGUCGAUCCGUGCACCUUAUUCCCGCGGAUCUGGGACCUUCUGGAGAAAAGGCGCGAACCGCGACCGCGACCGCCAGAAAAGACCGCAGACGGCCGUCCACAGACGAAAGCGAAGAGCGCGAAGAAGAAGCAGACGCGCAGGGGCGAGAGGACGACAGAGUGAAGGACGAGGAGGACGAAGGCUGUCUGAUGAGACGACUGCAGUUGCUGGGGCCCGACGCAAUCGGAUAUUACACCGUUUCUGGAGGAAAGAAGAUUGGGCUCGACUGGAAAGACAUCCAAACGAUGAAAGAUUUUGGAUCUCCUGGGCUGAGCCUUCUUUGCUGCGUUUCCGCCGCCUCUCUCGCCUUUGAGAUGAACAUGGGAAGCCCUCUUUUCGUGACGACAGCUGCCGCUGCUGAACGCGCCGCAGGGGCGAUAGACGGCGCAGAAGCCCGAUGGGAGCAAGAAAAACUGUUUUCGGCCUUCGUCAUGACUCUCUGCAAACGCGAACUCGUUGCCAUCGCGCGCCUGGUUCCCAAGCACGGCUCGCCGGUUGCGCUCGUCGCUCUCCUCCCACAGCUCGAGGAAGUCGACGAGGCGGGCAAUACCUUGCAGGCGCCCGGGUUGCACUUGCUGCGCCUGCCUUUUGCGGAAGACAUUCGCGAAAUCGACCUUCCUUGGACCUCUCUGGUGGGCUUCCAACGCCCAGGCGAGCGCGGAGACGCACGAGAGAGAGCCGCAUCCAAACGCGAAUGCGAAAUGCAAAUCCAAGCUGCAGUUCGCGUCCUCAGCGCUUUGGGAGUUGAAGAUUUUCAUCCUCACCAGCUGAGCAACGACGCACUGCAGCGACAUUUUGCCAUCAUCGAGGCACUCGCCCUCGGUAACUCAGAGGCCGAUCUUCCGCCGCCGACGCUUGUCCCCGACUCCGCCAUUCUCGAAAAGGCCGGGAUCAAAAUUCGUGAAUGGAAAGAAAGCGUGUAUGGAACGGCUGACGCGGCGUUUGUGCCGCCGACGCCGCGCUGGGCGUCUACCGCGGCGCCGAGGACGAGCGUGAAGAGAAACUUGCCUGCAGGCGGCGCGAAGCAGAGAGACCGCGAAGUGUUUCCUCUUCGUCGCGCGCCUGGCCAGGGCCCUGGGGAUGAAGAGGGCGAUGCCUCCGCGGUACAGCCUCCGACAAAACGCCCCCGAAAAGGCGACGGCGGCGGAACGCGAACCGGCGACAGAGGUACCGUCGGAGACGACGCGUUCGACAAACUUUACCGAGAAGAUCGGAUCUCCGCACUCACAGUUCCGCAGUUGACAGCGUGGAUCCGCCGACACGGCGAGACACCGAAAGCGAGGAAAGCAGAUUUAGUCCAGCAAGCAGAAACCAUUUGGGAAAGCGAGAAGUGA